AUGUGCCAAUUAUAUUAUGGAACUAAUGAUUUGUCAUUAGCCAAGUUUCCAUUUUUUGAUUGUGUAUCUAUGGAAUUACAUUCAUCAAAAAGUCAAUAUGUUUGUGCAUAUCUCAUGGUAGCAGCAAAUUUAUUUGUAAACAAAUUUGAGAUCCACUUGGAAAAGAACAUAUCGGGUCUGAAUGGCCAUGGACCUGUGGAUUUCGGGCUAGUCAUAGCUAAAACCAAUAAAAUCAUUGGAGUAACCAAAGUAAAAGCAAAAGAUUUUAUGCAAGGAAUUGCACAAAAUUUAGUGCAGUGCGAAUCAGCUUUAUCAGAUGACAGUAAAGUUUUUGGAAUCAUUACAGAUUCCCAAAAAUGGUUCUUUUUGGAGUGUUCAUCUGGUAAUGAAGGAAAAACACAGUUCAAAUUAUCCAAACCUGUAGUAGAUGUAUAUGGAGAUGAGGAUAUGGAAAGUAGGGUAAGAAAAGUUAUUGGAUAUAUUGCUUGGUUGCUUCAAGAGGCUCUGAAAUCAGAAGGAUUAAAAGAUACAUUCUUGUCUGUUAAUACAAAAAUACAAGAAGUUGAUCAUAUUUCUUCAACAACAUGA